AGAUUAUUUUUCUUUUUUUUUACCGGGCGGGGGCGCUUUGCUGUGUGAGGAAAGAGCAGCAGCACACUGUGUUUAAAGGGGCUUUGUCUCCCCCAGUUUGCCUGUUAGGAGCAGUUAAUGAUCGAACUAGCUUAAUGAAUCCCCUUUGCUGCUCAGAGGGACCAGUUGGAUGGCUACAAUUAUCUCGUUGCUCAUGAACUAUCUGUUCUAUCUACUCGCCUUGUUCGCCGACUCGGGAGUUUGAAAACUAAAACACGGAGUGGAGUGUUGGUGUCUUGAUUUCCAGACUGUCAGAUGUAAAAGUCGACUGCCUUGAUUUUUGUCACCAGGAAACAUUGUAUUGGCAAGAGGAAUCUGACGUUAUGGCCUCUUCAUCUUCUUCCCUCUGCCGCAUCAUCCUUCUCUACCUGCUCCCCUCCUGUAGUUGGCUGACUGCUCUGGGACUUUCACCCAUGGACAGCAUGACAUCAUCAGAUCCCUUUCUCCGGGGCCCUCACUUCACCUCCUGUAAGUCCAAUGAGCAAGAGACGUUCCGAUGUUGGUGGAGCUCUGGAAGUUUCCAGAACCUCUCAGAACCUGGAGCUCUUCGAGUCUUCUACCUAAAGAAGAGCAAAUCCAUGUCCAGUGAGUGGAGGGAGUGUCCUGAGUACUCCUCCUCAGUGGAGAAUGAGUGCUACUUCAACAAGAACCACACUUCCAUCUGGACCAACUACUGUGUGGAGCUGCGCUCCCAGAACCAGAACAUCACCUAUGACCAAUUUUGCUUCUCUGUGGAGAAUAUUGUGCACCCUGACCCCCCUGUGAGACUGAACUGGACUCUGCUGAACGUGAGCCUCUCAGACCUGCACUAUGACAUUAUGAUGAGCUGGGACCCUCCACCUUCGGCUGAUGUCAAACUAGGCUGGAUGAAACUGGUCUACGAAGUCCAGUACAGAAUGAAAAAGAGCACACACUGGGAUGCGUUGGAUGUUGACAGGUACACCCAGCAGACUGUCUAUGGCCUUCACACAGAAGAUGAGUACGAGGUGCGCGUGCGCUGCAAGACGCUGGCAUCCACACACUUCGGGGACUUCAGUGACUCUGUCUUUGUGUAUGUGCCAGGAGGUUCCAGCAAAGAGUCCUCGUUUCCAGUUACGCUGGUCCUCAUCUUUGGGGUUGUGGGCGCGAUUACACUCUUUAUGCUUAUUGUCUUCUCUCAACAGCAGAGACUGAUGGUGAUUCUACUGCCCCCUGUUCCAGAACCCAAAAUCAAAGGGAUAGACCCAGAACUACUUAAGAAAGGGAAACUGGAGGAGCUGAACUUCAUCCUGAGUGGCGGGGGUAUGGGCGGGCUCCACUCGUACUCUCAGGAUCUCUACCAGGAUGACCCCUGGGUGGAGUUCAUCGAGGUGGACUGGAAGUCUGAGCUCGAGGAAAAAGAGGACAAUCAGAGCUCUGACACCGAGCGUCUACUGGCGUCACCCUACCCAAGCCACCACACUCACCUGGGCUGCACACACACCCUCAGUAUCCCUGAUGAUGACUCUGGUCGAGCUAGCUGCUACGAGCCAGACCUUGCUGAGCCGGGGGCUCUAUUGUUGAUGUCUACCCUUCUGUCCAGCCAACUCCACAAAGGUGAGCCCCUUCUGGGUAACCAAAGUUGGGUGAAAACCCAGAACCGGGAGGUUCCAGUUUUUGGCCAGGCUCCAGAAGUCCAGAUUCAACUGGAAGAGACUCAGAGCUGCGUCAACGUGGAUUUCUACGCUCAGGUGAGUGAUAUUACUCCCGCUGGAGGGGUGAUGCUUUCCCCUGGUCAACAACCACGUUCCCAAGAGAACAGCACCAUCACGGAGCAGAGCAGGAAAGUUAAAGAGGAGAAAUGCGAAGAAGAGAGUGAAGCUGAGGAGUGGAGGAAGAGGGUGAAGCAGCUGUUGGUGUUACAUCCUGAGGGAGGGGGCUACACCACGGAAAGUAGUGCCCGCCACGUCAACACCCCCAUCCCCCCUUUACCCAGAGAGGAGUACCAAACUGUGCCCCCCCAGUCCCUGGAGACCACAUUUCAGCAGGGGGUCUUCUUGCACCCUGGUGCAGUGGUAGGGGAGUACCAGUCCCCCUACAUCGUCCCUGAGUCUCCGCCAGCCUUGUUCCUCCCCCCUGUUUCGGACUACACUGUGGUACAGGAUGUUGACUGCCAGCACAGCCUACUCCUCAACCCUCACUCAUCCCAGACUCCCCCACUUGGCCCCCCUCAGCACCCGACAAAAUCCAUCCCCACCAUACCCAUUGACUACCUCUCUCCAGACCUGCUGAGAGAAACUACAUCUCCCAUGAUAACUGGGGGUUUUGUAGGGAGUAACUCAUAAUCACAAACAGACUGAUUGUACAUGAGCGCUGCUGCAAGCCAAAUAUGUCACAACAUGACUAAACCGCAUGAGUGAAACCCACACAGUUUGUGAGGGAAGAUGCAGUAAGGAAUUUUGUGAAAAUAGAAUUUGAAAGUUAGUUUCUGUCGGUACUUUCGAAGUUGAAAUGUAACAGAUCAAAUGUUGUCAGAGAACGCUUUUUAAAGGCUUGAGGGAUUAAAAGUGAAACUUAUUUUAAACGCACCCUAUCAAAACAAACUUUCAAAUCUAGCUUUUCUACACACUUCUUCACCCAUCCAGCACAAAAGCCAACCGACAAGUCGUGGCUGACUGAAGCUUUAUGCACAAUAUCUGUUCCUUGGUGCCAUUUUACUCUGCCUUAACUCUUCUUAAGAACAUUAUGAUUUGAACAAACUACGUCUAUAUUAGCUCAUUUUCUCACAAUAUUUUGAUGAAGUCAUAUUGUACAAGUUGAAGAAGGCAGCAGUACAGUCUGCAAUUAUAAAGGAAAACUUUCUUUCUAUACUCUCAAGAAUGGUAGCUGUGGCUCUUGUAUACCAACAGACUCUUCAUUAUAACUAAGGCGCUGUUUUCUAUGCUCCUUCAUACGGUACAUUAAUUAUCUUCUGAUGCUGUCCUCCAGUGAGGACCUGACGCAGGAAUAAGAGCCAUGAGACAGCAUGUUGUUCACGCCACAGUGAGUUCAGUUGCAGAAAUGAACUGAUAGCAUGAUCAAACAACAGUUAUCUCUCUAGCAGCAAGAGGGAGGAGCCAUCUGUAAAUGGUUUCUAUAAAAUAGCCUUAAUUACCUUUGACUUUACUUUUCUUGUGUGGAGGGACAAUAACUGGAAACAUGCUACGUAUUUAAAGGGUCCUCUCAGUUCCUUACGUGAACUUUGUACGCUAUUAGUGCAUAUGCUUAUGUAAAUGUCUGCCUUUUUUCAGUUAGGCUACUCUACUGUGCUUGAGCAAAUACCAAGUACGUAUGAAAAGUGGAAGACUAGUAGACAUAGCUUGUACAUUACCCCACCCUUACAAGCAACCCAACACAAACAGCACACACAUUCAAUGAAUCAAAACCUUGCAAAGAACAAUGACUGUCAAAUCAACACAUUAAGCCAAUAAUAGAAUCAGAACAACAUUGUCAUUACACAGGAGCUGCUAUGCAGUUACACUUCAUUAUGGUUUAGAGGUACAAGUU